UCUAUGAACAUGGUGAAAGUUGGCAUGAUACUGAUUGUCCUCUUUGUUCCAGAUGCUUUGGCUGACUGCCCUGAUGAAGCAGACCUCUUCAUAACUGCACCAAAGAAGAUAGAAGCACUGAGUGGAUCUUGUUUGAAAAUCCCAUGUAGCUUCAGACUCAAAGAAGAACAGAAGUUUAAGAGCACAAGAAAAAUCGUUGGAGUGUGGAUAAAAACGGAUUCCAGAAUUGCCAUUUAUCCAAACAAUGUGAUCUUCAACAGUAAUGGAGCAGUUAACAUCUAUCCAAUGAGUAUUACUGGGAACCUGAGUCAGAGAGACUGCACAACUCUGUUUUCUAAUUUAACCACCACAUACACAGACACAUACUUCUUCAGAGUAGAGAGUGAAACAUUCAAGGCGACAGCUCAUUGUGAUCCUCUUCAAAUAACAAUCAGAGAUUCUCCUUGGAGGCCUAAUAUUACAAUCUCAGGUGAUCUGAAGGAGAAGGAGUCUGUCACUAUAACCUGCUCAGCUCUCACUCCCUGUCCACACUCCCCUCCUCAACUCACCUGGAAUCUCACACAAGACUCUCACAACAAAAUAGAGGAAAACACAGAUGGAAACUUUACAACUAAAAUCCAGCAGAACAUCACUCUGUCAGACACACAUGAUGGAAAGAAGAUCAGCUGCUCUGCCAGAUAUCCUGUGAACCAAGGAAAAGACACCAAGACAGCAGAGACAGAAGAGACUCUCAGUGUUUCAUUGUUCCCCAAAGAAACCACAGCAUUUAUCAACCCAUCAGCUUCAGUGCCAGCAGGCAGUCAGGUGAACCUAGCUUGUUAUAGUAAAGCUAAACCUCCAGUCAGCAGCUUCACCUGGUUCAAGAAGAGCAGAGAUGGAGCUGUGAAAGUAUCUGAAGGAGAGAUUUACAGCUUCAAUGUAACAGAUGGAGGAGUUUAUUACUGUGUGGCCACUAAUGAUCUGGGUAAUCAGACAUCAGCAGAGAUUCGUGUGAAUACUGAAGGUGGUAUUGGUCUCUUUGCUCUACUGCAGACAGCAGGAAUCACAGUGCUUGUGAUCACACUGGCCAUCUUUGAGUGCUGCUUCAGAUCGAGACGCUCCAACAAAUCAGAGAUAGGAAUUUGCCAAAUGAACACUUACUUAACAACUGAACAACUAAAGUCUAUGCAAAGUAGUCUGUCUGUGAACAUGGAGACAGUCAGCACGUUACUGAUUGUCCUGUUUGUUUCAGGUGCUUUGGCUGAUUGUCCUGAUAACACAGCACGCUUCAUAAAUGCACCAAAGAAGAUAGAAGCACUGAGUGGAUCUUGUUUGAAAAUCAGAUGUAGCUUCACACCCAAAGCAGGUCAGACAUUUAACAGCACAAGAAAAACCUUUGGAGUGUGGAUUAAAAAUCAAUCCCAAUUUGGCAAAAAUAAAGGCAAUGUGAUCUUCAACAGUAGUGGAGCAGUUAGCAUCUAUCCAAUGAGUAUUACUGGGAACCUGAGUCAGAGAGACUGCACCACUCUGUUUUCUAAUUUAACCACCACAUACACAGACACAUACUUCUUCAGAGUAGAGAGAGAACCAUUCAAGGCGACAGCUGCUUGUGAUCCUCUUCAAAUAACAGUCAGAGAUUCUCCUUGGAGGCUGAAUAUUACAAUCCCAGGUGAUCUGAAGGAGAAGGAGUCUGUCACUAUAACCUGCUCAGCUCUCACUCCCUGUCCACACUCCCCUCCUCAACUCACCUGGAAUCUCCAACAAGACUCUCACAACAAAACAGAGGAAAACACAGAUGGAAGCUUUACAACUAAAAUCCAGCAGAACAUCACUCUGUCAGACACACAUGAUGGAAAGAAGAUCAACUGCUCUGCCAGAUAUCCUGUGAACCAAGGAAAAGACACCAAGACAGCAGAGACAGAAGAGACUCUCAGUGUUUCAUAUGCUCCUAAAGACACCUCAGCAUCCAUCAGUCCAUCAGGUUUGGUGUCAGCAGGCAGUCAGGUGAAGCUGACCUGCUCCAGCAGAGCCAAACCUCCAGUCAGCAGCUUCACCUGGUUCAAGAAGAGCAGAGAUGGAGCUGUGAAAGUAUCUGAAGGAGAGAUUUACAGCUUCAAUGUAACAGAUGGAGGAGUUUAUUACUGCGUGGCCACUAAUGAUCUGGGUAAUCAGACAUCAGCAGAGAUUCAUGUGACUGUUGGAGAUUCUCCUUGGAGGCCCAAUAUUACAAUCCCAGGUGAUCUGAAGGAGAAGGAGUCUGUCACUAUAACCUGCUCAGCUCUCACUCCCUGUCCACACUCCCCUCCUCAACUCACCUGGAAUCUCACACAAGACUCUCACAACAAAAUAGAGGAAAACACAGAUGGAAGCUUUACAACUAAAAUCCAGCAGACCAUCACUCUGUCAGACACACAUGAUGGAAAGAAGAUCAGCUGCUCUGCCAGAUAUCCUGUGAACCAAGGAAAAGACACCAAGACAGCAGAGACAGAAGAGACUCUCAGUGUUUCAUAUGCUCCUCAAAACACCUCAGCAUCCAUCAGUCCAUCAGGUUUGGUAUCAACAGGCAGCUGGGUGAAGCUGACCUGCUGCAGCAGAGCCAAACCUCCAGUCAGCAGCUUCACCUGGUUCAAGAAGAGCAGAGAUGGAGCUGUGAAAGUAUCUGAAGGAGAGAUUUACAGCUUCAAUGUAACAGAUGGAGGAGUUUAUUACUGUGUGGCCACGAAUGGUCUGGGUAAUCAGACACCAGCAGAGAUUCAUGUGACUGUCAGAGCUGAAAAACUGGUUGGUGUCUACACUAUAGUGAAGACUGUGGGAAUCAUAAUGCUCGUGAGCACACUGGGGAUCUUUGAGUGCUGGUUCAGAUCAAGACGCUCCAACAAUCCAGAGACAGAAAGCUGUCAGAUGAGCAGAGUCACAUCACAACACAUCAACUAA